AUGCCAACCAGAAUACCCAAAUCAGAAGACUUCGAGCACCUACUCCCCUCCCUACACACAUCCCUAAUCUUCCCCGAAGUCCCGGAAACCACCACCGCCAUCCUAAUCCUCUUCCACGGCCUCGGCGACUCCGAAGCUUCUUUCGUCACAUUCGCCAAAAACAUAAACCUCCCCGGCGUCCUUGCUAUCUCCGUGCGCGGCGUGUCUCCCCUUCCCCCGUCUCUCCUAGGUCUCUCACCCGCUGAAGCCGCGCAGCCAACCCGGCAUUUCCACUGGGGAGAUGACUUGGCCCUGUCGCCGGCGACCGGGGACUUGGAUCCCGACCCGGGAUUUAUGAAGGCCGAAAGCUUGGUGCUAGGCAAACUAAUUCGUGAAACGCUUGUUGAAAAGUGUGGUUGGGAGACAAACGACAUCCUGCUCUUCGGCUUCGGGCAAGGCGGCUCGCUGGCCCUCGGCCUAGCGUCAAAACUCCGCGAGGGCGAAAAAGUCGUAGACGUGACCGAAGAGAGCAAGACUAUCCUAGGCACGGCGUUUAAAGGCGCCGUGUCGAUUGGCGGGCCUUUGCCGCCGAGCACGAUACCGACACUAAGCGCACGAGAGAAGGCUCGGACGCCAGUGUUAGCGUGUUAUGGCAGGUCAAGCGAGACUUUCGAUGAUGAUGCGAUAGACUUAUUGAAGAGGGAAUUUGUAGAUGUACGGGAAGUCAAGUGGAGGAAAAAUGACGAUGGCAUGCCUCAGAACAGAGACGAGAUGUUACCAAUUAUGCAAUUUUUCGCAGAGAGAUUACGCGGGUGGUAG